CAGAGAGCAGAGGCCGGCCGGGUCGCGCAGUUGCGGCACGCAAGCACGCCGGAGCGGAGCGCAACUUCGUGCAAGUGGGUGGGAGUUGCAGCCCUCGUAAGUCAAGAGAGCGAAGAGUAACCGAAAGAACGGGCUUCUACUCAGUCUGUCCGCGGCCGUCCGUCAAGCAGACGUCUCCGACUCUUGUGUGCUCUCCCCCUCCCACUUCCUCUCGACGUUUCCUAGGUCGAGUUUCAUCCGAGUUUCCCCGCAGUGUCUCGAGGACCUCGUGGAUGGCGCAUGUAGCCCUUCGCGCCACCCUCGCACACGAUUACCACCGCGGAAAUCGAAUCUUGAAUUAAUACGCACGUACACGCGUUUAUGACAGUUUCUCGUGUGUUGGAACUUAUGUAUGUACUUGGUGGAUGAGAACGAUCGAAUUGGGUGUGAUCAAGUGGCAAGACCAAGUGUGACCAUGUGGAAUAUAAUCGCAGACUUAAUUGGCCUGAUCUUCAUCGUCGGUUUACCACCAUGGUGUUCGGAUGCGUUUAACGUCGAGACGAAACAUUACGCUGUAUAUCGAAAUGAGACCAGAUCUAUGUUUGGAUUCGCUGUUUCGGUGUACAGGGAUAGAUACGGCCGAGGAUGGGCCAUCGUGGGUGCACCGGAGGCCGAAACUCCUCAAGCUGGCGUCUACAGAGGCGGGGCAGUAUACAAAUGCGACAUUGCAGCCGAUGAUCGAUGCAUGUUGAUCAAUUUCGACAGUAAAGGAAAUAACUACGUGAGAAAUCCAAAUGCGCCUGGUGGUUUGAGUCAGAUCGAUAAUAAGACCCUUCAAUGGUUUGGUGCCACGGUUUCGGCUUCGAUAAGGGAUGGAGGACCCAUUUUGGCGUGCGCUCCAAGGUACAUUUGGUUCUCCGUGUCUCAGCCAAAAUAUCCGGAAGACAAUCGAUGGAGCAAGGAGUCCACCGUUGGAAGUCGAAGGGAACCAGUUGGUACUUGCUGGGUCGUCGGCAAUAACUUCAACGAGCCGCAAGAAUUUUCACCUUGCCGUACGAGGUACUGGGGAUACCACAGGCAGGGCUCGUGUCAAGCUGGAUUGGGCGCUGCUAUAUCCAAGAAUAAUGAGAGGCUGUUCAUCGGGGCGCCAGGAAGUUGGUACUGGCAAGGUCAGAUAUACUCGAUCGACACCAGUCUGAGAUUGGGGUUCCAAGCGACGAUGUUCGUCACCCCCGAGGCAGAUGCAUCAGGCCAGGCGUUUUCACAGCCGUUGAACGGCCGCGCGAAAAUAAUGUACACGAAGGAAGGGCCUGCAACCGAGGACGAUAGCUACAUGGGUUACUCUGUCACGAGCGGCGAUUUUAUUGGGAACGGUGACAGCGGAACAGCCGUCGGUGUACCUCGUGGCUCCGAUCUCCUCGGCAAAGUUCUACUUUUUACCUCGAACAUGACGAAUCCUCGUAACAUAACGGGAGAGCAAAUGGGGGCUUAUUUCGGUUACGCCGUUGCAUCCGGGGAUAUCGACGGGGAUGGGUUGGACGAUCUUAUUGUUGGUGCGCCUAUGUACACGGUGCCGGACAACCCGGAAAUGACCAUCGAGACCGGAAGGGUGUACGUGAUCUAUCAAGGCGUUGGACCUGAAAAAUUCCGCAAAGUCGAUUCCAGGGACGGGGAGAGCAAUCGUGGCCGAUUCGGCUUGUCACUGGCCUCUCUCGGGGACAUCGACCGUGACGGUUACGGGGACUUCGUGGUGGGUGCUCCUUACGGUGGUCCACGUGGCCACGGUGCAGUGUACAUCUACCAUGGCUCGUCAACCGGCGUUCUGGAAAAAUAUUCUCAGGCGAUCCACGCCGAGAAUCUGGACGUUCCCAUCGACACUUUCGGGUUCUCGGUGGCCGGUGGCCUUGACCUGGAUGGGAAUCAUUACCCGGACAUGGUGGUGGGCGCGUACGAGUCGAGCACGGCCGUUUUCUUCAGAUCGAGACCCGUGAUCAAGAUGGAUUCGUACGUGUCGUUCGACCUCGAGUCGAAAUUAAUCUCGUUGGACGAUAGGAAUUGCACUUUGUCGGAUGGGAGCAGGGUCACCUGCCUUCUCCUCAGGGCUUUCAAGUACAACGGGGACGGUGUUUUUCCCAAGCAUAACUUCAAUAUCCAAUACGUUCUGGACGUGAAGAAGACGAAAAGCCCUAGGCUGUUCUUCUUGGAGCUGGAGGGAAGGAAUACGAUGAAUCGUACCAUCAUGGUGGACAGGGAUCGACAGUUUUGUCGCACUGUUCAGGUCUACGUGACACCGAACAUCCGUGACAAGCUCACCUCUCUGGACGCCGAGAUGCGAAUGAGCCUCGACGAGGAACGCUACGAGGACACUCGACCAAGAGAUCCUAAACUCCCUCUACGACCAAUCCUCGGCUCGACAACGUCCAGAAAGGACUCUCUGUCGAUCAGGAAGAACUGCGGCCCCGACAACGUGUGCAUCCCCGAUCUACAGAUGAACGUGACGUCAAACGUGCAAAAGUACCUAUUGGGAUCCGGCAAACGAUUGCAACUGGACGUGUUGGUGCAGAACAUGGGCGAAGACGCUUUCGAGUCGACGUACAAUCUGAAACUGCCCGCCGGUAUCGAUUACAUCAAGGUGGAAAAGAUCGAGACGAUGGGCGUGCCCGUUCAAUGCUCGGCCCCCAAACAAUCCAACAACAAUACUCUUCGUUGCGAUAUUGGCAACCCGUUGCAGAAAAACGGAUUGGUCAAAUUCAAAGUGUUGCUGCAACCCGUCACCUCCCACGGCAUGAAGCCAAUCUACGAAUUCGAGAUGGACGUGAACACGACCAAUCCUGAGAACCCGUUCACGACCGAGGACAAUAGCUACACAUUGAGGCUGCCGAUUUGGAUCGAGACCGAUCUGCGCGUGGACGGUGAGAGCAAGCCCAAGGAUCUGUACUACAAUCCGGAUAAUUAUACCAGCGAGACGAAUGCCACCACCGAGGGAGAGUUUGGCCCGGCUAUGACGCACAAUUACACUAUUCGGAACCAGGGCCCCUCGGACGUGAUCGAGGCCGAGGCAUUCCUCGUUUGGCCCGCGCAAACCUUGGCUGGAAAUGAGUUGCUCUAUUUGUUAGAGCAGCCAGAAACGUCUGGACCGAUCGCCUGUGAACCUGCCAAUGCGAAUUAUCUCAGUUUAAAGUUGGAUCAACGGAGGAGAAUGUACUCGCACCACUCAGACCCAUCAGGAGUGAUCCUGGACGAGUCUCAAUCGGGCAGGACGAUCAACGUGCAACGAGGAUUCGACGCGGACAGAAGCAAGUUGACCCAGAAGGAAGAAUCCGACAUCAACAGUGGCGACAGUUCGAACAUUCAAAAAUCUCGUCACUCCUCCUCCUCCUCAUCAUCCUCCUCCUCCUCUUCUUCCUCUUCUCAAGUUAUCACCAGCGAGACAAGAAGGUUCCAACUAUCCGACACUGGCAACAAACCAAACGUUCUAAUCACAACUUAUACGCAGAACAAUUCGGGUUCUAUAAAUACUGGCGACUUAUCCGCUGCCAAUAGAGGCGUGAUUUUUGACACUGAGUCUGGCAGUUACGGGGAGACAACUUUGGUUGGCGGUGGUUUCCGGCCCAGCGAUGGGAGCACGUUUGGCACAAGAGUUCCAGGCCUCGACGAAAGCUAUGAAGCCAGAACGAAUCACUCUCAGACGUUGGAGAAUCGCUGGGGCGAGACCAGUGUCUCUGGAGGCCGCGUAUCUUCCUCGAACAGGUUCAACUCCGAGGUGAACGAGAGUGACGAAAGAUAUCAAGAAUAUUUGAGACAGCAAGAGGCCCAGCGUCGACAGGAAGAAGAGGCUCGACUCUUGGAGCACCAUAGAAAGAAGGAACAACUUUUGGCCGUGCAGCGUCAACGAGAGGAACAAGAACGUUUGGAAUAUCAGAGAAGGCAGGAGGAAGAGAGGAGGAGAGCGCAGGAGGAAGAGACGAGAAGGCAAGAGGAGGAACGGAGAAGAGUAGAGGAAGAAGAGAUACGUCAGCGACAAGAAGAGGAGAGGAGGAGAAUCGAAGAGGAGGAAUACAGGCUCGAGCAGGAGAGACGUUAUGGCAGCUCUGGCGGUGAACAUCGCGGGAUACAGGCUGGUUUCAUCACUGGUGAUCGAGAGGAGACUGUUCGAGGAGGGGAAUUCGGAUUCCAGUUGCGCAACGUUAGCUCUACUCAGGAAUUAGAUCGACUGUUUGGAUCUUUGUCGAAAUCGACGUCUGCUUAUGAAUUAUACAACAGACAAGGCAAGCAUUAUGUUCAAUUCAUGGGAAGAUUUAGGAAUUCCGCCGACAGAAGAGAGUAUAUAGAAUUCCAGGACGGGUCUAUGUUCCCUUUGCAAGACAGUUACGGUAGACAGAGCUACGUUGCCGAGGGUAUCGAGUCCAGAGACAGCAGAUUCUUGAGGAUAGAAGGCGAGCUCAUGGUCGAUUCGACUGGCAAAGGGUUCAUCGUGCUCAAAGAUGGCCGUAGGUUUCCUCUGCAGGGCUCCUUUACUUACACCGAGGAAAGAACGUACACGUUGAGUCCGCAUAGUGGCUAUUUGGGAGGUGGUGGUGGUAGCAAUAAGUACGAAACGAAGAGUUACAGUAAAUCCUGGAACGAGGAGUCUGGCCGAGCUGGUGAAAUCGAAAAGGAUUACGAGUCCAGCUAUUCCAGCACUCAUGAAGAAAGAAGGACAGAGGAUAGAAGAGUGACCAGUAGAGUUUACGCAAGAGAAAAUCGCGAGGCUGUCGAAAAAACUGCACACACUGAGAAUCCUAAUCUCAAUGAAGACUCCGCAUCGAAGCAAGAGAGCGAUAUGCUUAGAGUAUACGAGUUUAAGAAAUUCGAAAAGCUUCACAGAGUGCCCAGAGACUUGGAGGACGAGCCGAUUGAAACCGAAUUUGACGACAAAGUAGAUUUUGCAACCGAUCCUAGGAUGCAAGGACCGGUUAGCCCAUGUGAUUCCGCCAAGUGUGUCAUGCUCAGAUGUGUUCUGGGCCCGUUGAAGAAAGACCAAGAGGUCUGGAUUGGAGCUAGAUACAGAGUAGACGCGAGGACACUGAAGAAGGUCGCUCUUCAAGAAAAAGUCAGGGUCUCGACUAAAUUGAUAGCCCGAGUGACCAAGCAGCCUUUCAUAGGUACACCUGCCGAACAGGUGAUCAAGAGUCACGAAAUUAAGACGAAUGUCGAGCCGAGUAUAACGCCAUCUGCACCGGAUGUUAUACCGCUCUGGGUCGUGGUACUCUCCGCCUGCGCUGGAACCAUCAUUCUACUACUCCUUAUUUUCUUGUUGCACAAGUGUGGCUUCUUCAAGAGAAAUAGGCCGUCCGACGCUCCAGAAAGGCAACCACUGAACAGGAAUGGUCACUUCCAGCACGGAGACGAUCACUGAAAAAAUUAGCCAAUCAAUGGAAUUUCGAAAAAUCAUCGAACUAUCUAAAUGAAUGAGCCAGGAAGUGCCUUUAAUCCUCCUCGAAUCUUACGAAGGAGCAAAUCUAUGCACUGGUUGGAUCAUGACACAUCCUAGCUACAAAAUAAAGUCUCAUGACGAGCAACACGACUAACUGUAAUUAAUAAAAUCGCGAGUGCCUUUAUCUCCAGACCGGAACAAGGAAGAUGUUCGAGUUUUUUUUUUUUGCAUCAAAUUCGAUGAUCGAAACGAUGUAAAAUUGGUUCUGGAGCCAUUCUGCGAUUAUUUUUUACUGCCACUGAAUACUCCUUCCAACUCCUGCAGCUCGAUCAUGCAAGUUUCUAGUCAGGAGUACGUUUUUUUUUUUUCUUUUUAAUAAUUAUUGUGACUUUUUUUUUUAAUUACCUGUAAUUACUUAAAUAAGCUAGCCUUAUGUCGAUGGUAAC